AGAAAAAUGGAGAAAACACUACUCAUCAAAGCACAGAAUCUUGUUGGUAGGAGAAGGAGACUUUUCUUUCUCUCUUUGUUUAGCCAGAGAAUUUGGUUCUGCCCACAACAUGGUUGCCACUUCUCUUGAUACUCAAGGUUGAACAAAGAAUUGGUAAAGGGAUUUCUGAGGAAUGCUAAGCUGCUUCUGAAAGAUAAAGGAGAGAUUCAUGUGUCACACAAGGAGGGUGAUCCUUACAACAAAUGGGAAUUAGUGAAGAAAGCUGAGAAGAUAAGCCUAAUUUUACAUGAAGCUGUGCCUUUCUGCAAAGAAGACUAUCCAGGUUAUACAAACAAAAGAGCUCAUGGUAACUUUUCCGAUGACUCCUUUCCUCUUGGAGAUUGCCGCACUUAUAAGUUCAGGCAACUUACUCCCUCUCCUUGCAACUAAAUUAAUGUCCAUCGAAAUUUUAUGCUUAAUUUCCUACAAUCCGCUAUGAGUUUCAACCAAACAACUCCAAAUAAUGUAUUCUUACUUCUCAGAAAAUGAUGAAGACUGGCCUUUUGGCAAAUUAUUUUGACAAUCAGGAAGAGUGAUGUGAAGUUUGAGCAAACAAAACUCUCUGCAUCUAAUAAGCAUCUAAAUGGGUGGUACAAAAUCAACAGAUACCUAUACGCGACUUGGUCCCUCUUCCUAUUCUCCUCUUGCCCAACCUCUGCUGCGCACCAACCAGGUCCAGGUCCAGGUUCAGUGCAUGGAUGAAAUAAAAUAUAAUAUUAAAGAUAAUGAUAAUACAUCAGUGGAGUCAAAAAUUCGUGAAUUUAAAGCAGCGGUUGCCAGGUUUGAGUCAAGGGCGCAAACUGUGCAAUACAACAAUAACGUCACAACACCUCCCUCUCUUCAACUUCAACCACUGGCCAUCAACGACAAUAAUGAGCAAUCUGAUCUUGAAAUUGAGAAUGAAGUUCAUGAAUUUAAGGCUCUUGUCAAAGUUCUGCAUCAAAUAAUGAAGAAACAAGAGGAGGCCAUUGCAUCGCUGAGGGAAAAGAAUACGGCUCUAGAGGAGCAGAUUAGCAAAUUGGCAACCAUUACUUAUGAUAUGAAAGCUGAGAGAGACACAGAGGAUCCUAUUACAAUUACUCGUCCAACUGUAAAUUAUGUUUUAGGCUGCCUAGUGGCUUUAAUCUUCUUGCUCUCUAUCCUCAUUGGUUUACACCUGUGACAUUUGUUUAUGCCUCCUUAGCUUCAUAUCCUUGACAAUACUCAAUCAAGAUACAAGGCAGUUUUAAGAUUUAAGAAAUAUCGUACAAGUUGCUUUUCAGAUUUAAGAAAUUGAGUAAAAAUUUACGUA